UAUAGUUUUGGGUGUUUUAACAAUAGAUUGAUACCACUACCACAACAUGGCUGAUCAUUGUUCUGUAUGAAUUUGCGGAGAAGAUCCAACGUAAUGAUGAAGGUUGCUUGCUGCUGGGACGCGUCUCUUCGUGUGCACAAAAGUCGCGUGCUAAAAAGCGUCUACAGAGGAAACGAGCGAUGUUUCAGUCGAGCUGGCAAGGCUUCGGCGACGGGGAGUGGAACUCAAACGGCCGCCUCCGCUUCGCAUACUGGAACAUUAAUUAGCGUAGGAACCUCUCCUGCAUCUUCAUCGAGUCAAGGAAGGCAGGCGAAGAAGCUUGAACGUGCCGCCACCUGUAAAACGAAGUUGCCGUUGCCUCACCUAAGUACCUGUAGCACUCAAGGCAGCCGGCGUACUCAAAGUACGAGUACUGCUCGCAUGGAUCGUGGGAGACCUACGGAUAAUGGAAACGGCAUAGUAGGGGAGACGAAGCUUUCUGAUGGUGCUGCUCUCGAUGACUCUAGCAGGAAGACUGUUGAUGUUUCCACAAAUGCGGCUGGACAGUCUGUUGAUGUUUCAUCCAGUAAAUGCUCCAGCCAUGUGGUCGCUUCGUCAUCCAGCGGAGCUACAGCGAUCUCAACACGGUCGAGCGACGUGAGAGAUCAUGACCCGGGCGAUAAAACUGCGCUCUUGGAAACAACGUUGGAAGACCUGCGUUUUUUGCGUAGUCUGAUGAGACGCGCGCCAGAUCUUUUUCAGGAUCAAGAGCAGGUCCAAGAAAUAGAACGCGCCUGGACCAAAAUGUCAGAGUCAAGUUCGACUGAGUCUCCCUCCAGUGUUCAGGACAGCAACGCUCCUGAGAAAGUGUCGAGCACUAGUCAGAACAGAACACCUAGUGAGGAGACGACAAGUACUAGGAAGAGUAAUAUUAGUACAUCUAAUUACAUCGUUAAAAACGAGGAUGAGGCUGAUGAAGAUGGGGUUAGCACCAAAAUCAGGGAUUCCAUUUGUUCUGAAGACAGCCAGGGAAGCGCCUCCUCAUCGAGUACGCCUGGUGUUACUGAGGACGAGGCGCCAGAUCCUGCGUUUUUGGAUGAGCUUUCUGACAAGGUGCUCGAGCGGGACCGCCAACUGCUGCCAACGAUAGCGCAGUACGCCCGUAAACACAGGUGGAUGCUUACGACGCGUGCUUUACUCGAAGAGCGUUGUGGCGGAAAGCUCUAUGCCUUCGGCUCCUGCCAAAACGGAUUCUGGCAGCGAGGAUCAGACGUAGAUGCAUGUUUAGCAGUACCGGGAUGCAACGUCAAGGAUGCGCAGGUAGUGACUAGUAUUUCUUGUAGCUUGUGUCCGACGUUAAGCAUUCUUUGUGAAGCAAGUAGCUGUGUUUCGGCCUUGACAAUGGACGCACAUGCAGGUAAGUAUCGAAGCUUCACAUUUCUUAUCUGUUCCACCCUACAACAGGUAUCGAAGCUUCGUCUAGUCGGUGCAUUAUUGCGCGCUGCGAAAGCAGGCCGCGUGCAGGUAGUUCCUGCAAAAGUGCCGGUUGCGAAAGUUUUUAAUACCGAUGGUUCUGAGGCUGGCGACAUCUCAAUAAAUAACACGGUGGCCAUCGACAACAGUAAUUUUGUUCGCUCCUUAUCAAUGUUUGAUCCGCGUGUGAGGCAUGUGGGUCGCGUCAUCAAGCACUGGGCAAAACUACGAAAAAUUAAUGAGCGGGCAGAGGGGACGCUGAGCACCUACACACUCAUACUUCAACUCUUCUACAUCAUGCAAAGUCGAUUCCGCGUACUACCCUUGUUCAGGUAUCUAUUCCAAAUACUACCGAUUUUCAGGUAUCGUUUGCACACAUUUGAUUGGUCAUGUUUACUGAAGCUUGCGAUUUUCCGACUAAGUAAGUCGACAGCAAAAGAUUGAAAUGUACAACUAAGGCUGGCCACCUUCCGUUCUUGUGAAGCGGAAGAACAUCUUUCUGAUUCACUUCCAGGGAUCUUGUCAGUCCUGUGGCUAUGGCCGAUGGGAGUCCCAAGGCGCAGCCAAGACGAGCCAACGGUGACCCGAUUAUCGCUUUUAGAAGCCGCGCUGAAAUUCUGGCCUUACGGGAAGAUACGAGAAGUACUAAUGCAACAGACGACACUGCGCAUCAACGAGGAGUAGAAGUAGAUGAAGUGUAUGACCAGCAGACUUCCAUUGGCGAACUGUUUUACGACUUCUUCAUGUAUUUCGGCAGCGAGGAGCUGAGCCGCGGUCGAACAAUUGUAGACGGCGUUGUGGAAGAAAACGAUGAAGGGGUGCUGAUCAUGCGCUGUCCGCUGACCAAGGCGAACGUCAAUCCGAUGAGUGCCGAUGUGUGGCGAGCUAUCUGGGAAGAAUUUGCGCGAGCAAGGAGCCUUCUGCAAUCGCAAAAUUUUGCAGAGAUUUUCGAACCUGCAGAUGCGUGUCCUCUGCGCCGUAUGAGGAAGCAGGCCAACAAAAGCAAGAACGCCGUGAUCAGAAGAAAUAAAACCGACCCAAGUAGAGUUGUGGGCAAAGAAAAUAGUAGUAACGUCGCCGCUUCAACACCGUCACCAGAAGGAGUUUCAAAUUCAAGCGUGGAAAAUAGCACUAGUAGUAGUCCUUCAGCAGUUGGUGAUGACAGCAACGAACUUCCGCCGGAAACUCCAUCCCAAAAAGCACCGCCCGUACCUCCUACUGUGAAUACAACAAGUGUAAAACCCGCUCCCGCAGUCGUGUCUGCGGCAUGACUGUGACAUCACUGUAACAUUAUCGGAUGAUAUCAAUCAUCCCAGCUACGUAAAAUGUUGAUAAAAUUGCGUUCAUUACAACUUAACAUCUUUCGUCCAUAAAAUAACCACCUAGCAUGAUCUACUCUUACUCACUUGUUGACCGAUUUGUCACUGUCUUCUCUCAUACUGCGAACUUCUUCUCACAUUUCCACAUCACUGCGGACGUUAGCCAGCGCGUUUCCACCGUAUCUGAUUUGCGCGUACACACCAACAUGGUAAAAGUACAAUUCUGAGACUGCGAGAACACGCAACUUUCUCGUGUUG